UUACGGCAGCAAUAGUUUAUAUGAUUUGCAAAGACAACCUGUCUGUACGUGGUGUUGAAAAGGAAGGCCUCUGUAAUUUGUUACAAAUUUGUGUACCAAAAUACAAAAUUCCAAGCCGUUUCAAGGUAACAGAUCUCAUUGAAGAGAAAUACGACAUAUGUGUGGCUAAGGUUAGAACAAUUUUCCAAGGUGUUGAGAACAUAGCUUUCACCUGUGACAGUGUCACUAUAACCAAUUCAACUCGGUCGUAUCUCACCGUAACUGCACAUUUUAUAAAGGAUAAUUCUCUACAGGCGGUUUGCUUGCAAGCAGCAAGAAUGUCACAGGUUAGCUUUUUUUAAAUUUGUGUAAUUUUUGUCUAUGUGUUCUGUAUUAUCAA